ACAAACAGAUUAGCCUGUUCGCACCGUAGUCACAAAUGAGUACAAGCGUCCUUUCGCACCGUUCCCUGUCGAAUUGCACACGCCAUGGCAACCCGCGACGAGCGUGCAGAGUUGCGACGCAUGCCAAGCUACGGGACCUGUCACAGUGGCGCCAAGAGGGCAGCGGUACCUCGGAGCCGGCUGUAGCUCCGGAGCUUUCGCGACGAGCGGUGCUGAAGCUGGGGGCGGCACUGCCGGCCCUGGCGGCGGCUCUGGCCGCGGCCACCCCGCCGGCGCUGCUGCUGGCGCCACUGCCGGCCGCCGCCGAGGGGCCGACGUUGCCGUCUCCGGCCGUGGCGGCUGCGUUGGACAAGGCUCUUGCUAAGAACAUCCCCAAGACGAAGACUGCUGUGGCUCUGCGCCUGGCCUUCCACGACGCCGCCACCUUCAGUGCGGGCGCCAAGGACGGCGGCCUGAACGCCUCCAUCCAGUACGAGCUGGACAGGCCCGAGAAUUUCGGGCUCAAACGCGGCUGGCGCAUCAUUGAGCAGGUGCGCGCGGACCUAAAGGGCACGGCGGCGGAGGGCGUGGUGACCGACGCCGACCUGGUGGCCCUGGCCGGCGCCUUCGCGGUGCGGCUGUGCGGCGGCCCUGCCAUCCCACUGCCCAUCGGCCGCCCGGUGGCGGCGGCCGCCCGCCAGGACCCGCCUGGCCGCAUGCCGUCCGAGAACGCCAGCGCGGCCGAGCUCAAGGCCAACUUCGCGGCCAAGGGGCUGAGCGUGCAGGAGAUGGUGGCGCUGUCAGGUGCUCACACGCUGGGCAGCAAGGGCUUUGGCGACCCGGUCACCUUUGACAAUGCCUACUACGUGGCGCUGCUGCAGAAGCCCUGGAACAACACAAAGGACGCCAUGGCCUCCAUGAUCGGGCUGCCCUCCGACCACGUGCUCCCUGACGACCCGGACUGCCUGCCCGUCAUCCAGCGUUACGCGGCGGACCAGGAUCUGUUCUUCCGCGACUUCUCCGCCGCCUACAUCAAGAUGUGCGGGCUGGGCGUGGCGGGCUGGGCGUGAGCGUGAUUGCGAGCGUGUGGGCGACUGGGCGUGUGGUGGAGGGGGAGGAGCGCGGGGUCGGGGUCGGGUAUGGGCAGUGCAUGCAGGCACGCAAGAGGUGAACACGGUAGAGAGAGUGACUGGCUGUGGCGUGUGGCGGCUUGUGAAGGUAGGGUUGACAUGUGAAAUGGAAUCUUCGAAAGACGGACACUGGUGCUCAGCACCAGACGUAGCUGGCAUGGGACAAAGCGCCACUGUGAGCCUGAGCAAGCCAGUGGCGGGCAGCAGUCGUCAGGGCUGCCCGCUGUUCAGAGGAUGCAUCAGAGGAUGCAGGGGGUCGACAAGUGUUCCCCGGUCACGGGAAAAGGGGCUGAGCCCCUCCACAGUCUGAGGCCGAACAACCUCAUCGCCCGGACAUAGCCGGGGUCGGUUUCAGGCACAUAGCCAAACCAGGUGUAGUCCAGUAUGACUUUCCUCUUA